AUGGGUUUAUCAUAUAUAAAAGAUUGUAAAAAUCCUAAUGAUAAUUAUAUUGGUGAAUAUGAAUGUCGAAAAUUGGUUAUUAGUUAUCGUUCAAUUGAAACAUAUUUACGUCGUGAUUGUGUACCAAAAGGUUUAUGUUCAUGGAAAGAUAAAACUCAAUCAAUGAUGAAUACACCCGUACACAAUUGUGUUUAUACAGAUGAUGCUGAACAAAAACUUGAAUGUAUUUAUUGUUGUGAUACACCAUUAUGUAAUCGAACUAUAUCAUAUUAUAAGAUAAAAUCAAUUUAUAUUUUGGUUAUUAUUUAUGCAUUAUUAGAAAAUAUUUCAUUCAUGGAUAAAUGA